AAUUCAAAAUCACAAAUCGACCGUUGAAGUCAAUUAGGGUUUAUAGUUUAUACUAGUCUCUCUGCAUCUAAGAUCACGAUCGAUUACCGUAUUCUUCAGCUCAAAUUUCUCGUCUUCUAGGGUUUAAUCUCUGUAUUUCGCACUCAUGAGGCGCCAUGGAUGGCAACGGCCCCUUCAUCCUCUACAGAUAGUAGGAAUCUCGAUAUAUUGUUUUCUCGUUGCAGCAUUCUAUAGCUUCCUAGGGCUUUUUAUCGGCAACAAAACUGCUGUGAUUGUUGUUAACUCCAUCUUCUCUUUUACGGCCCUAGGAGUUAUGUUUCUGUUUGUUAGGUGUACUGCAAUUGAUCCCACUGAUAAAACUUACUCGAAAAGGAAGAAGAAGUCGAAAAAUAUAUCGAAUCGGAUUAAUUAUGGUUUUAUUUUGGGUCACAUCGUUAUGAGGUUUUUCGCGAGGAUUGAACGCAAGAUUCUUAGGAAGUUUAUAAGGCGAAAGUACCUUGAUCCGUUGAGUACCACGGCUCAAAUGGAACCUCUGCUUCCCUUUCCGCUUGUCAUUAAGGAUGACUCGGUUUCACCCGGCCCGUUACAAGAUGACAUCUCAUUUUGUGUCCUUUGUGAUUCUCAGGUUAAAAAGCAUAGUAAGCACUGCAGGACUUGCAAUAGGUGUGUUGAAGGGUUUGAUCACCACUGCAGGUGGUUGAAUAACUGUGUUGGGAAAAAGAACUAUAGAACCUUCAUUCUUCUCCUAAUCUUUGUCUUAUUAAUGCUUAUUAUGGAAGGAGGGACUGCAAUUGCCAUUUUCGUUAGGUGCUUUACCGACGCACAUGUAUUAGACAAAGAGCUUGUAAAAAGACUCCAUUUUCAUUUUCCAAGAGGACUUCUUUCAGCCAUAUGUGUUUUGCUAGUUUUACUGACGGCUUACGGUUCAGCAGCUCUAGGACAACUUUUCUUCUUUCAUGUCGUUCUCAUUCGCAAGGGGAUGAGAACUUAUGAUUACAUAAUGGCAAUGAAAGAUGAAAAUGAGAUGCUGGCACAAGAAUGGUCAGAAGAUGAUUCGGAUUUUUCGUCAGAAGAGAGCAUAGAGUUGGAUUCCCCUGAAAAAACAAGAUUCAGAAUAUGUAGAGAGAGAAUGCCUGAGACCCAACAAGUACUUUCUGUAAGAAUCGACAAAGAACCACAAUCACUUAAGAAGCCCGAUGGAAAAGGUUUUCGUGCAAGUAUAAAUCCAUGGAAACUUAUCAAAAUGAGCCGUGAGAAAGCUAAGUUAGCUGCCGAUAAAGCCCGCGAAAGGUUCAUGAGAGAAAAAACCGUUAAUGAAGACGAUGAUUUACUUAAGCCACUACCACUGGAGACAAAAAGCGGGCCAUCAUUAACAACAGCAAACAUAGAUAAGGAUAGCGGUAUUGUUGGCGUUACUCCACUUGUUAUAAAAGGCGCGCUUUCGAGUCCUAGAAGACGGUUUUCUGUUUCUCCAUCACCGAAACAAAUGUACAAGAGUAAUUUUGAUCUCAAGUUGACCGAGGUGUCUAGGGAACUUGAGACGUAUAUUUCAAGGCAGGUUUUGUGUUCGGUUAUGAAAACUGGCGAAAAUGAGUCAUCACCGUCUGCAAGAUAGUUUGAUCUUCUCAACCUUUGAGAAAGUUGUGUAUUUAAUUGUCAUGUAUGUGGAUUUAGAUGAGUUCAUUCAUUCACACAUAUAAAAGUGUAUUUAUCAUUUAUUAUAGGUUUAUUAAACAAAAUUCUAUUCUUCAGA